ACUGUCAAUGUCAAUUUUAUACCUUGAUAAUUUUGUAAUUUUCUGCAUUUUCAUUGAAAAAUUAACUUGUGAAGUUUAAAUCCUGUAAAAUUUGCGUUUUAAACGAUAUAAUACAGUACCUGUAUCCAGUCCACAACUGGGAUUUGUGGACGUUUGCAUUAACUGUCCCUUCAAACUUUAACUAUUUGCGGACCAAUUAUAAAAACUCAAAAGAUGCAGCUAACAUCAGACCCUAGACGUGCUGAUCGCGAGCGCAAAUUCAAGCCGCCCCCUCCGUCCGCAGCACCAGCCGAUGACCUCACUACGGACUACAUGAACAUUCUUGGUAUGGUGUUUUCCAUGUGUGGACUCAUGAUGAGGCUUAAAUGGUGUGCAUGGACGGCUGUAUUCUGCUCCAGUAUUAGUUUUGCUAAUUCCAGAGUAUCUGACGAUACCAAACAGAUUGUAAGCUCUUUCAUGCUUUCAAUAUCAGCAGUAGUGAUGUCGUACCUUCAAAAUCCAGCACCAAUGUCCCCGCCUUGGGCCGCUUUGUCUAAUUAAUUUAUUGUAAUAAAAUUUUAAUGUAAAUGCAUGUAUUUGCAUAAUAAAAGUCAUAUUAUUCCUAAAA